AUGCAGCUGGAUAGUCACACAUCCCUCUCUUCCCUCCCAGUGAACAGUGACAUGCUGGUCACGGACAAUAACGGCGCCGUCAAGCUUCCGCAACUGUGUAAGUUCUGCGACGUGCGCGCCUCCACCUGUGACAACCAGAAAUCCUGCCUGAGCAACUGCAGCAUCACGGCUAUCUGCGAGAAGCCGCAUGAAGUCUGCGUGGCCGUCUGGAGAAAGAAUGAUGAGAACAUCACACUAGAGACGGUUUGCCACGACCCCAAGAUCGCUUACCACGGGUUUGUUCUCGACGACGCGGCUUCUCCCAAGUGUAUCAUGAAGGAAAAGAAGGGGUCAGGAGAGACUUUCUUCAUGUGUUCCUGUAGCUCCGAUGAGUGCAACGACCACAUCAUCUUCUCUGAAGAGUACGCCACCAACAACCCAGACUUGCUGCUAGUCAUAUUCCAGGUGACAGGCGUCAGCCUCCUGCCGCCACUGGGCAUCGCCGUCGCCGUCAUCGUCACCUUCUACUGCUACCGUGUUCACCGGCAGCAGAAGCUGAGCUCGUCCUGGGACUCGGGGAAGCCGCGGAAGCUGAUGGAGUUCAGCGAGCACCUGGCCAUCAUCCUGGAAGACGACCGCUCCGACAUCAGCUCCACCUGCGCCAACAACAUCAACCACAACACGGAGCUGCUGCCCAUCGAGCUGGACACCCUGGUGGGCAAGGGCCGCUUCGCCGAGGUCUACAAGGCCAAGCUGCGGCAGAACACGUCCGAGCAGUUCGAGACCGUGGCCGUCAAGAUCUUCCCCUACGAGGAGUAUGCCUCCUGGAAGACGGAGAAGGACAUCUUCUCGGACAUCAACCUCAAGCACGAGAACAUCCUCCAGUUCCUGACGGCCGAGGAGCGCAAGACGGAGCUGGGCAAGCAGUACUGGCUGAUCACCGCCUUCCACGCCAAGGGCAACCUGCAGGAGUACCUCACCCGGCACGUCGUCAGCUGGGAGGACCUGCGCAAGCUGGGCGGCUCACUGGCCCGCGGCAUCGCGCACCUGCACAGCGACCGCACCCUGUGCGGCCGGCCCAAGAUGCCCAUCGUGCACAGGGACCUCAAGAGCUCCAACAUCCUGGUCAAGGGCGACCUCACCUGCUGCCUCUGCGACUUCGGGCUCUCCCUGCGUCUGGACCCGACUCUGUCUGUGGACGACCUGGCCAACAGUGGGCAGGUGGGAACUGCACGAUACAUGGCCCCAGAAGUCCUCGAGUCCAGGAUGAAUUUGGAGAACGUUGAGUCCUUCAAGCAGACGGAUGUCUACUCCAUGGCCCUGGUGCUCUGGGAGAUGACGUCCCGCUGCAACGCGGUGGGAGAAGUCAAAGAUUACGAGCCUCCGUUCGGUUCCAAGGUGCGGGAGCACCCCUGUGUGGAAAGCAUGAAGGACAACGUGCUGAGAGACCGGGAACGGCCGGAGAUCCCCAGCUCCUGGCUCAGCCACCAGGGCAUCCAGACGGUGUGUGAGACACUGGCCGAGUGCUGGGACCACGACCCCGAGGCCCGGCUCACCGCGCAGUGCGUGGCCGAGCGCUUCAGCGAGCUGGAGCAUCUGGACAGACUCUCGGGGAGAAGCAGCUCGGAGGAGAAGAUUCCCGAAGAUGGCUCCCUGAACACUACCAAAUAGCUCUUCCGGGCGGCCCGGCCGAGUCUGCGGAGGCCGCCCCUGUGGCCAAAGACCAGAGGCAGCAGGAAGCCGCCCCUGAACGAUGCUUCCUGGAACCCGGGGUCGCCCCCCUCCCCACGCAGGGCAGAAACCCCCGCGGCGGGAAGGGGGUGACAGGAAGCAUCCUGUGCCUUUGACGUUGUCAUAGGAUAAGCUGUGUUAGCACUUCCUCAGGAAAUGAGAUUGAUUUUUUACAAUAGCCAAUAACAUUUGCACUUUAUUAAUGCCUGUAUAUAAAUAUGGAAUAGCUAUGUUUUAUAUAUAUAUAUCUAUAUAUGUCUAUAUCUAUAUAUUCAGCCAUACUCUGGAAAGAGGCGAGGAAAAAGAUCAAAUAUUCCCAGGAAAUGGGUUUGGUUGGAGAGCUCCGCACGGAGUGCAGAAGGGAGUGCUCUGGGACAGCCUCAGCACUUGGCAAUCACGCAUGCGCGGGUUCUCUGCGCACACAGGGGCCUCCGCCUUCCGAGGAGGGCUCCGCGACCCAGAGUCUGCUAUGGCCACGUUGCACUUGCUUUUGCAAAGUACUAAUCCCUCGCGCUGGGUCGUCUCCUGGCUGUGGAUCUGAUUACAGUCACACUAUUGGGGGACCAGACCCUGGGGUCCUCGUGUGCAUCAUCUCUCCUCAACUUUUCACCGGGGCUUCACGCCCACAUCCAAUUUGAAAACCUCCUUCCUGAGCUAGCUCAGAAACUUUGCCCCAUUUCUAGUUGCUUAAACGUUUGGAACCCCAUUUUUUCACCUUCACAGGCUGCAGAAAAAUCCGAAGGAUGAAUGUCCCCAUCCGUGAAAUUGCCACGUCAUCUGCUAAUGAGAAAUUGUUCUUAAAAAAAAAAAAAA